GAGGCGUGAGGCGUGAGGCCAGAGAAUGUGGCCAAGGGACUGCAGCGGCUGCAGCAGCUGCAGCUGCUGUUGUUCAGCUAGCCAAAGCUCGAUGAAGCUGGCAAACGAAUUCGCCACUCAAAAACUCAGCUCGAUGCCAUUUUUUUGAAUUUGAAUACAAACUUGACUUGGCCCCAAAACUGUAGACCGGCACAUUCGAGUGCAAGCGCGAACGAGAUAGUGAUAGUGUGCGAGUGAGUGAGUGAGAUCUCUUGUGCAUUAGCUGACAACCAGAUAAAACGCUCCACAACGACAUUGACAACAGCUUCAUCAACUGCUGCCCGACUUCUAUUUUUUCUAUUUUUUCGGCUCCGCCCCACACCCCGCUCCGCGUCCGCGCCCCGCCGCCCCGCCGCUACGGCCCCAGCAGUCAUGGCCCUGCAUGGACAGACGUUCUGCUUCUCCGCAGCUGGAUUUAUCGCUUGCUCAGCAAUCGUUCUGCUUUGCAGUUCCGAGGUCCUGUCCAGCUGGGAGGAAUGGUGGACAUACGACGGCAUCUCGGGUCCCAGCUUCUGGGGUCUCAUCAAUCCGCAGUGGAGCAUGUGCAACAAAGGACAUCGACAGUCGCCCAUUGAUGUGGUGCCCGACAAGCUGCUCUUCGAUCCAUACCUGCGACCGCUGCACAUUGACAAGCACAAGGUUUCCGGCACGCUGCACAACACGGGUCAAUCACUCGUCUUUCGCGUGGACAAGGACACAAAGCAGCACGUGAACAUAUCCGGAGGUCCUUUGGCCUAUCGCUACCAAUUCGAAGAGAUUUACAUACACUACGGCACCGAGAACAGUCGCGGCUCCGAGCACUACAUACAGGGCUACAGUUUUCCGGGCGAGAUACAAAUCUAUGGCUUCAACAAGGAGCUGUACCACAACAUGUCCGAGGCGCAGCAUAAAUCGCAGGGCAUUGUCGGACUCUCGUUGAUGGUGCAAAUUGGCGAAACGCCCAAUCCCGAGCUGCGCAUCAUAACGAGCACAUUCAACAAGGUUCUCUAUAGAGGCUUCUCGACGCCCAUACGGCACAUAUCGGUGCGAUCGCUGCUGCCGAAUACGGAUCAAUAUAUUACGUACGAGGGAUCCACCACGCAUCCGGGCUGCUGGGAGAGCACGGUCUGGAUACUAGUUAAUAAACCCAUCUAUAUCACCAAACAAGAGUUAUAUCAACUCCGUCGACUGAUGCAAGGCUCCGAGAGUACACCGAAAGCUCCAUUAGGUAAUAAUGCGCGACCCGUGCAAAGUUUACACCAUAGAACCGUAAGGACGAACAUAGACUUUAAGCGUCAUAAGCAGAAUCAAAAUGCAUGUCCUUCCAUGUACAAGGAUAUGUACUAUCGCGCGAAUCGCUGGUCCCCAGAUACAGGACUUCUGAUACGUUGACAACAACAACAACUUGAAGCAGGACAACAAAAACAACACCAACUGCAUUUCGCAUUUUCAAUUUUCCCACUGAUUUUUUUGAAAAAUAACGUCGAAAAACGAGCUCAGGAUUCGUUUUAGCUUGCAGCAUUCCUAAAA